GCAGCAAGUGGGACCAGCCUGGUCCUGCCAUUAAUGGCUCGUUGCCUGGCGUGAUGCCAGCACAGGCCACAAUGCCAACAACCACCUUUGUGACGGGUUCAGUGCCUGCUUCUCUGCCGCUCUGCACUGGUGCUCCAUCACCAGGAAUGGCAAUGAGUGUCGGUUCUGUCGCCCCGGCUUCUGGAGCGUUAGAUGCAGCAGCAGCUGUUGCUGCCAAGAUCAAUGCCAUGCUGAUAGCAAAAGGAAAGCUGAAGCCCAGUCAGCUUGCUCCUGAGCAGGCAACUCUCCCUGCGAAGAGUGUGGCAGCAGCUGCUGCAAAAAACAAGGAUGACCUGGUGGUCGCUGAGGUCGAAAUCAAUGAUGUCCCCAUCAACUGUCGAAAUCUGCUCACCCGAGGGCAGACUCAGGACGAGGUGAGCCGGCUGACUGGAGCAGCUGUGUCUACACGAGGGAGAUUCAUGGCACCAGAGGAGAAAGUACAAGCCACACCAGGCGAUCGUGCCCUGUAUCUGCACAUCCAAGGGCAGACUCGGGAUGUUGUUGACAAGGCUGUGAACCGGAUUAAAGAGAUCAUUGCAGGUGGAGUUAUAAAGGCUGUUAGUGCUUCCGGCUCGCAGUUCAAUGGUCCAAUGGUUACUGUCUAUCACCAGCCAGCCCCUGUUACUCACCCUACAACCACCACAGCGAAAUCACAAGCUGGGAUGCAUUAUGUUCAGGAUAAAGUUUUUGUGGGUCUGGAGCAGAUUGAUCCAGCCUUUAACAUUAAAGAGAAAGUGGAGGGGCCAGGUGGAUCCUACCUGCAGCACAUUCAGGCGGAGACUGGUGCCAAAGUUUUCCUGCGUGGGAAGGGUUCAGGCUGCCUGGAGCCUGCCUCUGGGAGAGAGGCCUUUGAACCAAUGUACAUCUAUAUCAGUCAUCCCAAACCAGAGGGUCUUUCAGCUGCUAGGAAACUUUGUGAGAGCUUACUGCAGACUGUCCACAGUGAGCAUUCCAGGUUCCUAAGUCAAAUGAAUUCAUCAGUCAUGCCCCCUCAAGGAUAUCAGCAGGUACCUGGAGCUGUGCCCCAGCAGCAUUAUUACCCAGGCCAGGCUUACCAGGCCAGGUAUCCAGUGGGCCCUAUUCCGCUACAGACCUCACAGAGUACAUACCCCAGACCAUGUGGUCCUGAAGCACCACAGUUCCCAGUGUCGGGGGCAGCACAGCCCCUGGCCGUGCCUGGGCAGCCAAACCCUGUGGUUGGCAGCUUCGCCACGCCAUUGCCUGUGAAUACACCUGCUUAUGAUGGGCUGAUGGGUGCACCGAGACCCUCCUCUCACCUCCCACCACCUCAGGGCCACAAGAGACGCUUCACUGAAGAGAGUGAAGAGGAAUCGGCGCUGCUGGGCUACCAGCAUGGACCCAUUCAUAUGACUAAUUUAGGUACAGGGUCCUCUCAGACCGGACGGAGUGGAGCUGGUAUGAUCUUCGCUGAUCCCUGCGGUAGAGCCAAGGAGAGGGACAGGCAGCUGAUGCCCCCACCACCACGACUUCUCAACGAAGGAUUCGUACAGCCAGAAGAUCAGUCUGGGAUGUACAGACCUCCAGCGUCUCUGGAUCGUCUUGGGGAGCCCUCGAUGAAGAUGAGGAGGAUGAGUGAGAGGGGAUCGCGGCUUGUGUCCUACGGUGGAGAUUCGUCGGAUGAGGAAGAAGAACAUUCCAGAAGGAGGCAGAGUAUGGUGCAGGGCUGGAGUGCAGAGUGCCGGUACACACUACCUCCUCAGCGAGCCCAGCAACAGAUGCCCUUCUGGAUGGCACCGUAGUUGACUGGUUCUUGGAAAGUAAGGCUGGGCCCACACUCAUCUGAAAGAUCACGACGGCCCUCAAAGUUAAUGUGAACUAUUGGCGUGCAGACUGGCACAAAGACUCUUGGCUGAGUGGAACAGAACUUCUACCUGUGUGGCCAUUCUGAUGUGCUGCAUGGUUAAGAGUGUUAGAACUUCAAACAUUAUGCUUUUCUUUGGGAGGGAGGGCUGGGAAUGUUUACCAAGAAAUUGCUUUAUUCUCAAAGUUUGAAGUUGACUUCUUUUGUUUCCCUUGCGGUUUCCCAGGAGUCUCCGGGACUCGCGUAGCAAUGUGAGGGUUGGUGUCUGCACAUGGGAUUGUUGGGUUUGUGUACCUAAGGUUGGAAUCUCUCUCCUUGCCAAGAGGGAGCUGGCUCUCGGUAGGGGAAUGCAUCAAGCUGCACUGACUGACAUUAGGGAUGUACUUAUCAAUUUUGCCCAUUAGUGUUUGAUCAGAGGCCGUCACAGAUUAUAAAGUGGGACUGUAAAUGUUGGAAAGAGAGAGAGAGACACAGAAGCUCUGGGAUGAAGCUGAACGAAUAACUGGAACUCUGGAGCAGUGGGCAAAUUCUUGCAGCUGCGUUCCUUCUUGCUGGCUUGUUUAUUCCGGGCCUUAUUCCCUCUACCUAUCCAGGUGUGAGUUUGUAGAGUACAUUCCAACCAAAGUUGCUGCUGCCCCGCUAAUGUCUGUAUUGCAGGAAGCCUGCUCCUCAAACUCUCUGUCCUGCAGAUAACAGCUUCUGCGUCGUGUUAGUCUGAGUGAGGUGUCCCGUACACCUCACAUGAGGUACGUGGCAGCCAGCUGUCUGUGGAAGUUUGUACUGAGCCCCGUCUGUGACACAGGAAGCCAAACCCAUUCCUUCCCCCCUCCUGUUCCCCAGGUUGGAUCUGAACACAGCCACCAUCUGGCCUGAACAGUCUCUCUUUAUAGACUGUAUUCCCGCUGUUUGGUAGUGCCCUGGCACAGGGCUCAGCCAAAGUUCAUAAGAAAUAGCAGGUGUAGGUCAUGUGCCGCGGAGCCUGCUCUGUCAUUUCAGUAAGGUCACAGCUGAUUCAUCUGUGGUCUGAAUUCCACUUUCCAUCCUCCCCCUGUUAUCUUCCAAUCCCUCUUCAAUCAAAACUUUGCCUUUGAACAUUUCCAAACCUCCAUGCUGUGGGGAAGUGACCCAACAGCCCAUUGAGAGUAGAAAUUAUUCUGAAACAAGAAUGCCAAGUUUGAGGUUCCCUCCAAGGGGGAAUAUUGUCUUUGUAUCUACCCCAUAAAUCCUGUGUUCUCAUAAUAUCAUCUCUUUCUCCUGAACUCUAAUACAUACAGGUCCUAACAUUUCCUCAUAAGUUUCACCCCUUGAUGUGUCCUGAUGGUCAGCUCUGCUCCUCACUGCUGGCAUUUAAAGGGCCUCACAGCUGCCAGACUAUUGUACACAAACCCAAGAAACUUCCUGUAGCCCUUCUUCGCAAGGUGGCUGUUUUAAGAGUUAUACACAGGGACUGCUAUUGUCAGCUUCUGUGUGUCUUAUGCAUUUCUGUCAAAAUGCACCUUCCUCUCCCUACCCUGAAUUAGUUCAGACUCGAGCUAACGUGUAGGGCCAAAGCCAAUCUAUGAACUCUGCCGAGAAUGCAUUGACAGCUGGGGUCUCUUCUAUGAGUCAAGGGGCCUGAAAUCCAUUCCCUGGAGCGCACAAUGUAGAUUGACCCAGCAGGGGAGCAGUGAGAGGGUAUUCUGUACUGUUGGACAGUCAGUACAGAGGGAACACCAUGCCAUUGGAUUGGUCAUCAUUUAGAUGAGAUGUUAAACCUUGGGGAGUAAUAUUGAAGAUCAGGUAAUUGUCUCUGAUGUCCACAGUCGACAUCACGCACAACUUAUCUUGCCAUUGUGAUCUGGCUGUGUACAAAUUGGCUGCUACGUACAACAUUGACCCGAGUUCCACAAGUACUUCACUGGCUGCUGGGGUAAUGGACGAUGCUAUUGAUUUGCAUGUUGCCAUCUGGAUUUGAUCCAUUACCUUAGUAUGGAACUUUAAACUGUAAUGGAUUAGGAGCAGCUGUACCUGCCUAACCCCUUUCUGUUGAGAGUUAAAUUUGAGAGGAAAAUGAUUAUAAAAGUUGUGAUUUUUGAACCUGUGUGCGCUCCUCUUACCUGCAUGCGUGCCCCAUGCCUUCAAAUGGUAUUGUUGAUUAAAAACCUGGGAGUUGGAAUAAUGAAGAUUAAUUUCUGGUUGUUAUAGCCGUGUUGGUUAUAGUCUCUCACUUUCUGUAAAUAUUAUGACAAAGUUCUUACCUUGCCCUUUGUAAAUAAAGUCAAGCUGAAUAUUA